CUCUGCAACAAGAAUUGCAAAGUAGAAGCCCAUUCCGUCAGAUGGUGUAUCCAAAUACCCCAGUUACUACUACUACACCAACCACUACACUGCUCCCAACAACAACAAUACCACAUACAACAGAAAGAACAACCACCACCCCAAAAUAUCCAUCUGAGAAAAACUGUGACCAUGAACUUCCUCCAAGACAGAAUGGUGACAGCUGGAAACAUAACCAGUGCACCAACGGAACAUGCGCCAACGGGAAAGUUAUUUAUGAGCAUGUACAUUGUGAGACUCCGAAGCCUAUUGCAUGUGAAAAUAACUAUCCUCCAAUCAAAGUGUAUGACGAAUCUGGAUGCUGUUUCCACUAUGAGUGUCAAUGUAUCUGCUAUGGUUGGGGAGACCCUCACUAUGUCACCUUUGAUGGAACAUACUAUGGCUUCCAAGGAAAUUGUUCUUACGUCUUGGUCAAAGAAAUCCUGCCAAAGUACAACUUCAGUGUUGUAAUCGACAAUUACUAUUGUGAUGCCCCAGAUGGACUUUCCUGUCCUCAGUCUCUGACAAUUUAUUAUCAAUCUUAUGAGAUAUUCAUGACCAAGAAGGACGUUGAUGGAGUUUUCACAAGUCUGAUUUAUGUAAACCAGCAACGCAUCAUCCCAGCAUAUGAGACCAAGAACUUCCGCAUCACAGACAACGGAAUUGAGACCCUUUUAGUCAUACCAGCAAUUAAUGCCAAGGUGUCUUUCACUGGUCUUAUGUUUAGCAUAUACCUGCCCUGGGACAAGUUCAAUGGCAACACUGAGGGACAGUGUGGUACAUGUGACAACAACCGGACAGAUGACUGCCGCUUGCCAAAUGGGGCUAUUGAUUCAUCUUGUCCUGACAUGGCACACCAAUGGCAUGUUGCUGACCACAAUAACAGUCAGUGCACACCACCACCAGAGCCGACACCAACACAACCACCAGGCUGCGAUCCACCCAUUUGUUAUCUCAUUCAAAGCAAGGUCUUUGAGAGUUGCCAUAAGAUAAUCCCCUACGAGCCAUUCAUUGUGGCAUGUAUCUUUGAUGCGUGUUAUAUGGAUGAUGUUACCAUUGGCUGCACCAGCUUGCAGACCUAUGCUGAUGCAUGUGCACAAGCAGGAGUCUGUAUUGAGUGGAGAAAUUAUACAAAUGGACAAUGUGACUUCACAUGUGAGAAACCCAAGGUUUAUAAUGCCUGCGGUCCACAAGUUGAACCAACCUGUAAUGCCUGGUACAAUUUCAAAUUCAUCCAGACUCAAAAUGAGUUCAGUGUCAUGGGAGAUAUACAAUUGGAGGGAUGUUAUUGUCCCCCUGGUACCACUCUUAUGAGUUCCAGCUCAAACUACUGUAUCCCCAGCUGUGAUAUUUGCCUGUUGCCAAAUGGAGAAUGGAAAGAGGCUAAUGAGACCUGGGUGAGCAACUGCCAGGAGUGUGUUUGUGACCCGUACAGUCUGGAAAUCCAAUGCCAGCCUGUGGCAUGCCAACAUCAGCCUCCUCUCACCUGUGAUCAGGAGGGCCAAGUUAAGGUCGUAGAAACCGUUGACUGUUGUCAAAAGGACAAAUGCGAGUGUGAUGUCACACGAUGCUCUACUUCCAAGAUAACUUGUCCAGUCGGAUUCGAGACAGAGGCAACUAUGGGAGUCUGCUGCCUAACUUAUCAAUGCGUGCCAAAGGAUGUCUGUGUGUUUAACAACACUGAAUAUCAGCCUGGUGCCAAUGUUCCUGAGGACAAGUGUAAGAAUUGUGUGUGUGGUGACAGUGUGGAUGCCCAAGCGCAUCUACAUAUCAUUGAGUGUCAACCUACUGAAUGUGACACUCACUGCCAACAGGGCUAUGAUUAUCAAGCCGUUCCUGGUCAGUGUUGUGGGAAGUGUGUACAGACAAGCUGUGUGGUUAUGCUGCCAGAUAACACCACACACACUAUUCAGCCUGGUUCUGUCUGGAUACCAUCUGGAGACAAGUGUCUCAAGUAUGAGUGCGUAAAUAUUAUGGACCAACUCAUCCCAAUCCAGGCUAAGACUGUGUGCCCUGACUUCUACCCAGAAGACUGCAUACCCGGAACUGAAGUUGUUGCUCCAGAUGGUUGCUGCCAUGUCUGUAUUCCAAUAACUAAGCAAUGCAACGUGACAAAGGGCAAAGUGUACCUGGACAGCAAUGGCUGCAAGUCUGCAAACAAGGUGGAAGUGACAACAUGCGGUGGAUCCUGUGUCACCUAUGCCAUGUAUUCUCUUGAGGCCAACAUGAUGGAGCGCUCUUGUACCUGCUGUCGGGAAGAAUCCACCACCAAGAAGGAAGUGGAGAUGAUCUGCCCAGACGGGUCAAAGUUCAACCACUCCUACAUCCACAUCAAUAAAUGUGGCUGCCAGAGGACAGAGUGCGUGACCCCGGAGGCGACCCAGGUCACAAGGUCACGACGCAGGAGAAGAUGAAUGACUCUCCACUGCCAUCCCGUUACUGCUUAGAUUAGUUUUCUACUUAUGUUCAACUUGUUCACUUUCCUGCAAAGUAAUCUGCUAAACGUAGGAGAAAUAGUUUCAGCUUCUUAUUCAAUUUUUAUUUAAUUUUAGCCAAAAUAAAGUUGGCAAUAGGCUAUGCAUAUGUACCACA